AUGCAUUCUCUGCUACACUCACACCUACACCACGUUCGUGGAACCGGACAAUCCAUCGCCGCCCAUGUCGGCGGUCAACUCGUCUCACGAGAUCCCUCUCCGGAUGCGAUAGCGGCGCCUCACCACGACCACGUCGCAGACACUGGAAAACUGUUCAACAUGAGCGAUCCGGCGGCAGAGUACAGUCAUGGACUGACGGGUGUCAACCAAGGAAUGAACUUUCUCUUCACGCAUGUCCUUAUCGCAUCUUUUUGUGGCCUGCUGCUGGCGACUUUGCUUUAUCGAUGGUGGCACAUGCUUCAUUCCCAUUUUCGGCACAUUCUGAGCUUGGGACGAGAUGCCGACCAGAGAUACUGGAUGUACAACCACAGCAAGAUCUGGCCAUGGCUCAAAAAGCAUUUGCUCUUUGCACCUCUAUUUCGAAACCGACACAAUCGGGAAUUCCACAUCUCGGAGGCCGUCACCGUUGGCACCUUACCCUCGAGAUUUCACUCCGUUCUAAUUGUUCUUUACCUGGCCUCGAACAGUGCCUACACUCUGGCCAUUGACUGGAAUAAUCCUCUUGCACCGGCCGUGGCGGAAAUGCGUGGCCGAACGGGCGUGCUGGCCAUGCUCAAUCUGAUACCGACAGUUUUGUUCGCACUGCGAAACAACCCACUAAUACCAAUACUCGGAGUUUCUUACGAUACGUUCAACCUUCUGCACCGAUGGUGCGCACGAGUGAUGGUGAUAGAGAGUAUCAUCCACUCUGUCAUGUGGGGAAUCAACUCCUGGGAUACCGCAGAUGACCAGAACAAGGGUUCACAGCAGCUUCUUUUGUUGCUCCAAACUUCGAGAAGUUACGCUUGGGGAAUGGUCGCUACAUGCCUCUUCACCUUCAUGUUCUUCUCGAGCGUGGGAGCUAUGCGACAUGCAUUUUACGAGACCUUUCUCAACAGCCACAGAAUAAUGGCCCUGAUGGGCAUUGUCGGAGUCUACAUUCAUCUGUCCGCUGCGAAGCUCUACGAAAUUCUUCCGUGGGUACAGCUUUGUCUUGCCCUUUGGGUCGCCGAGAUCGCUUGGAGAAUAUGGAGGAUACUGUACCAGAAUUGGAGCCGGAAACGCGGACUCACCAAAGUCACAGUCGAGUACUCUUCAGCAGAGGCGUGUCGAGUCACAUUCGAGCUGUCGCGACCCUGGAAAUGGACACCCGGCUGCCACGUUCACGCUUACAUCCCGGCACUGGCACUCUGGUCAAGUCAUCCAUUCUCGGUAGCAUGGGCAGAGAACAGAUCGAGGGCGGCGCCAAUGGACAUCGAGAUGGAGAAGUUGGCCCCUGCGGAAGCGAUACUUGCUAAUGGUAUAAGCACAAGGCCUUUUGCUCGCGAGUCCAACUACUACCGCAGAAGCGGGAUCCCUCAGACCACGGUGAACGCUGCGGAAGCCAAAGCGGAAGCCACCACCACCACCACUCUCCCUCGAAGUUCGGACGUCACGCAUCUCUCCCUGAUCGUCCGAGCGAGGACUGGCAUGACACGAAAGAUGCUGGACAAGAUCAUGAAGCAACAGAACAAGUCAUACACUACCUGGGGCCUCAUCGAAGGUCCCUACGGCGGGCAUCACUCGUUGUCGUCUUACGGCACCGUCAUUCUUUUCGCUGGCGGAGUCGGCAUCACGCACUGCGUCGGCUACGUCCACCAUCUCCUCCAGCAGUACCAAGAGGGGACGUGUGCCACACGCAAGAUCCUCCUGGUCUGGUCUGUACCCAACACCGACUCCCUCGAAUGGAUCCGCGAAUGGAUGGACGUCAUCCUCCGAAUGGAGGGCCGCAGGGACAUUCUGCGCAUACAGCUCUUCGUAUCUAAACCUCGCCACCGCCUCGAAGUCGUUUCCGGUACAGGCAGUGUGCAGAUGUUCCCAGGACGCUGUACCCCACAAACCAUCAUGGACAAGGAGAUCCCAGAGCGGAUAGGGUCCGUUGGCGUGACGGUCUGUGGACCGGGCUCCUUUGCAGACAGUGUUCGAGCGGCGUGCAGAUCCGUCAUGGACGAAGUGUCGCUGGACUUUAUUGAAGAAGCGUUCACGUAUUGA